CCGGUUAAUACCAGCACUGAGCGAGUUGCCUACCUGAUGCCCCCGAGAACGCGAGCUCGAACAAAUCACGUGGUCUGUUGAACGCAAAGGAUGUUUCUGGGAUCGCGAAGUCAGUAUUCGACGGGCCGUCCUCCGAGCUGGAGGAAAAAAGACGAAGUGAUUUUAUCGAAUACAUUACUCGACGAGAGAUAAAACACAAAUCUGAUCGGAUCGAUUAGAAAAUUCUUCGUCUGACGACGAAGAAGGAACUGCGUUUAAAAGAGAGAAAAAAUAUACAAGAAGGGACGAAGAGAUUUGCAGGUAAGAAAAAGAGAAUAAAGGAUCGAGAGUGGGAUAUUAAAGGAGAGAAAAAGAGAAAGAAAAAGCAAAUCGGGAAUAAUAAAACUCGUAUGAGUUCGAGAGAGAUCUCUGGAUGCUUGUUGAACUAAAAGAAUCCUAUUUUUUUUUUUGCUUAUGUGUGUAUUUUCAUUUGGAAAAUACAACCUGGUAACGUAGGAAAGGAAGGGGAAAAGAAAAAAAAAGGUUCGAAAGGUUUAUCGAAUGAUUUCCUGGUAACUAUUUAUAUCGCAUCAGUCGAUGACGCAUCUCGAAGUAUCAAAGUUACGACGCGACGGCGUGUGCUACGAGAUUCCUCGUAGAUACGAAGAAGUUCGAGAAUGUGUGUAACGACGAAGAAAACAACGUAGGCGUGUUUUGCUACAACGAGAAGGAUUGAGAAUACCUUGCAUGCUGACGUUCCGUUGUGAAAGAAAGAAAGAAAGAAAAGAAGGUACGAUGUAAAUAAUUACUUUGUGAUAAGCCAUAUCUAUUUCUCGGCAUUACGAGAAUAGUCGAGUUCUAUUUGAUAAGAAAAGAUUUUAAAUUUGGAUAUUCGACGAUAAUCGAAGUAAGAUGCAGUUAGCAGCAACUCAAAGACCUCAUCCACCACCAGUACCACCUAGACCAAGUCGACAGGUGGUAGCUGAAGCACUGAAAAGAUCACCCAGACCACCCUGUCCUACCAGACAGGCACCACCACCUCCAAAUACCAAACCAUGGGGAUUUGAUCAGAAUGAUCAACAGCAGCAGCAGCAACAGCAAGAAGGAUGUCCAGGUGCUGGACGUACUAUAAUCUACGAAUCCAUGAAAGCUGAAAGAAAUGAUAGCCCAGCAAGUACCGGACCGAUUCAGCUUUACGACAAACAUCAGCAACAGCAACAAACUUACGUACCGAGUGAAAGGAACGAAAACAACAACGACGAUCGUCGUGAAAAUCUACGAGAAAGGCAGCACCAUCAGCCUAUCCUCGAGCAAAAUGAUAUUUCUAUGGAGUCGGUAGUCGUACGGGAGAAAAGAGGCGGCGGUAGAGGCGGAGGCGGAGGUGGAGGAAGAGGUGGAAGAGGAGCCCCUAUCGAGGAUCCUCGACCAGAGGGACAACGUCUCGAAAAUCGUGCAGAUUUCAAGGAUUUCAAGGAUCAAUCUAAUUCUCAAAGUCGACGGACAUUUGGAAAAAUAGAUGUUGACUCAUCUGGCAUCAAAGGUAUCAGAACAAUCGAUUUCGAAAUAUUGGAUAAAGAAGACAAUGUGUUGGGAAUAACAAAAAAUCCAAUUAGGUCAAACGUUUCGUUCGAAGACGAACGUCAUUCAAGUCCAGAAACUAAGAUACCGGGUAUAGGAAGUAAUAAUGAUAUAGGAUUCAGAGGAAGAUCAAGAAUCAGGCCUGAGAAAUCCUUGAACAUGGAGAAAACGAUGAGCAAGUUUGAUGGGCGGCCGAUGACCGUACGAAAAUCACCUGCUGCAAACCAAGAAUUUAUUGCUCUAUCUCGAAAAGAUUCUAGUUCCCACGAAUCUUAUAAUAAUAGUAAUAACAAUAAUAAUAAUAAUAAUAAUAAUAAUCAUGCUAAUAACAACAACACUACUACUAAUAAUAAUAAUGAUGAUGAUCGUAAUAAUGAUGAUGAUGAGGGUGAUAAACAAGACGAGAAAGAGUCGAGUAUAACAAAUGAGAAACAUGGAACAGUAGUCCUGGUCGAGGAAUCUGAACAUGGUAAAGCUAUGUACAACGACGAAGAAGAGGACAAUGACAACAACAUUCAUCGACAGGAUUGGCUCGAGGCUGGUGUCCGUUAUUCCUCCACGCAGAUCACUCUGCAAGGAGAUGAAGGUGCCGACGGUCUCUCAUCUUCGUUUGUUGACGUUGAACGCGUUAAUGGAUACGAUGAUCGUCCCGAGGACGAACGCACCGUCGACCUUGACUUCGUCAGCAUACAGGAGAGGAUCGCGAUGUCUUCCCUGCAGGGGCUACCACCGUUGCCAAGAAGUCUCAGUGGAUUCAAUUUGAGCGGAGCUUCCGAGCCACCCCCACCACCUACGAGAUCAUCCAGCAAAUCACAAAGAGGCGGGAAAACGUCCAUUCAAACUUCUACUUCGAGACCUUCUCCACCUGCGAGACAACUCACCACGUUGGAUACUCAAUUAGCGAUACUUAGAAGAGAAAUGUUUGGCCUACGACAAUUGGAUCUUUCUCUGCUUUCGCAACUUUGGUCCCUGAACGAAUCAAUCCAAGAAUUUCGACAACUAUUGCAGGAACAAGAAGACAGAGCUCCAUCACCAUCGCCAAGUAGCGAAGAAGGUGAUGAUACUUCUUAUGGGAUACAUCCACCACCAGCACCAAGAAGAUCAGCACCUGUGGUGCAUCAUCAUCGACCACCUAGGCCACCUAGACCACCAAGACCACCACCCAGCGACGAGUCACCAUCCAGCGAGGAAUACGGAGCCGUUUGACGGAGGAUUCUUCGUAAAAGAACGAAAAGAUCUCCGGUGUGUUCCACUAACUCUAUAGAGUUCCUGUAAAAGAGAAAAUCUGCACGAAAAGAAAGAAAGAAAAGAAGGGAGAAAGACGUUGAAAAUCCUUUUUCGAAACUCUCUUUUUGUCUCUUUCUCUUUGUCGUUGAAAAAGAGUCUUGAUGAUAAAAGAAAAAGGGAUCUUAGUUGAAAUUCAAUUAAAGAUAAGCUAUUAUCGCCUCGAUCAAAGAGUCUAUAUCGCUUGUGAUAGAGAUUAUUAAUA